GAGUCGUCAGGCUCAGGCACAACAGGCACAGGCUCACAGGGCAGUAAACCGUACGGCAGAUCGGCGCUGACACUCGGCUCCGUCCCGUGUUUUUAUGUGACAAGACCAAAGUCUUCGUCCAUUAAAUCAUUUCUUUCCAACUUCAGCUACAGUGUUAGCUAAGUGCGGAGAGGAGGGCAGACUGGAAAACGCGCGUCUUCGCUAUAUGUUUUUGUAGCGUCGUGGUUGUGGAAGCAGCUUCUUCAUCUGCGGCUCCAUCUGCAGCACAAAAGACACAAACAACAGUGACUUGUUUGUUAUUACUGCUAUUUUUUUGUUUGCCUUCAGGAGUCAGGACAGCUUUAACAUGGAUCAUCCUGCAGCCAAGAAAACCUGCUGUGAAUCUGUGCAAGAUUUCUUCACCUCGGCCAAAUUCCUCAUUUACAUGGGACAUGCUCUGUCAACGUGGGGUGACCGGAUGUGGAACUUUGCCGUGGCCGUUUUCCUGGUGGAGUUGUACGGGAACAGCCUGCUGCUCACGGCUGUGUACGGGCUGGUGGUGGCCGGCUCUGUGCUGCUGCUGGGGGCCAUCAUCGGAGACUGGGUGGACAGAAACCCGAGACUCAAAGUGGCCCAGACUUCACUGCUCGUCCAGAACAGCUGCGUCAUCGCCUGUGGGGUCCUCCUGAUGGUUGUUUUCCAGUACAAAGAACAGCUCGCGAGUCUCUACAGUGGAUGGAUUCUGACCAUUUGCUACAUUCUGGUCAUCACCAUCGCCAACAUCGCCAACCUUGCGAGCACGGCGACGUCCAUCACCAUCCAGAGGGACUGGGUCGUGGUCGUGGCCGGUCAGGACAGCAGCAAGUUGGCAGACAUGAAUGCCACUGUGAGGAUUAUUGACCAGUUGACCAACAUCCUGGCUCCAAUGCUGGUGGGUCAGAUAAUGGCCUUUGGCUCUCAUUUCAUUGGCUGUGGUUUCAUCUCUGGAUGGAACCUGUGCUCCAUGUGUUUGGAGUACACACUGCUGUGGAAGGUCUACCAGAAGACGCCGGCGUUGGCCGUGAAGGGUGGACAGAAGGAGUCGGGGCAGGAGCUGAAACAGCUGAAUAACCAAAAAGACUUGGAGAACGGCCAGAAUCCAGAGGAAUCUUCUCAGCCUCUGAUGAACGAAGCCUCAAUGGUGGAGAAGGCCGACUCUUCCAAAGAGCAGAGUUGUUGCUACCAGGUGACCGAACCCCUGCGCACCCUCAAGAGCGGCUGGGUGGCUUACUACAAUCAGAACAUCUUUCUGGCUGGGAUGUCCCUGGCUUGCCUCUACAUGACGGUACUGGGGUUCGACUGCAUCACCACUGGUUACGCCUACACACAGGGGCUCAACGGCUCAGUGCUCAGCCUACUAAUGGGAGCUUCGGCUGUGUUCGGUAUCUGCGGCACUGUCGCCUUCACUUGGAUUCGCAAGAAGUGCGGCUUGAUUCGCACCGGCUUCAUCUCAGGCGUGGCUCAGCUGUCCUGCCUCCUGCUGUGCGUGGCCUCCGUGUUCACACCCGGCAGCCCCUUCAACCUGAAUGUGUCACCUUUCCAGGACCUCUACUCUCACUUGAUGGGAGAGACGACCCUGCUCGAACCUGACCACAACAUUCACGUGGGGGUCAAUGCCACCAGUUCUGCCCCGUCUGAAGAGCUGCCACAACCUCUGGAGUCUUACAUAUCCGUCAGUCUGUUGUUUGCUGGCGUCAUCGCUGCUAGAGUUGGACUAUGGUCCUUUGACCUGACAGUGACCCAGCUCAUCCAGGAGAACGUAAUCGAGUCGGAGCGAGGUGUGGUCAACGGUGUCCAAAACUCCAUGAAUUACCUCUUAGACCUGCUGCACUUCAUCAUGGUGAUUCUGGCUCCAAACCCAGAGGCCUUCGGCCUGCUGGUCAUCAUCUCUGUCUCCUUUGUGGCCAUUGGUCACGCCAUGUACUUCAGGUUUGCUUUCAAGAGCCUGGGUAGCCGCCUCUUCCUCUGCUGCUCACCAGAGCAGAAGGUGGAGACGGUGGAAAGCCCCUCACUUCCUACCACCGUCUAACCAGGUUGAAGAGACUCUGUCCAGGGUACAUAUUUCACAAAGCCUUACCCAAACCUUGCAUCUUAUUUAUCUUACUAACACCAUAGCUUGUAGCUGGCAGAAUGCUAAUGCUAACACAAACCAGAGCUUAACAUGUUCUGCAUUAACAAAGCAUUAAUCGUGAGCAGGCGGCAAGUAGAGGUUACAGUCCUAAAGAAAUGGAAUCUGUAGAAUUUUUUUCUAGACGCGGCAGGGGUCUCGCUAACUUUCACCUGCCGCUCCAUGCUACGUAGCACACGCCUCACAUACGUCACAAAGGAUCCUAUUAAAGGUUUGUAGAUGGAUUCUUCAGCGAACAAACGUAUGAAGACGAGGGAGAAAUGUUGCAGGGAGGCGAGCACAUGAGGCUGGACACCUUUCAGUGACACCACUGGUGCUGUAGCCGCCGCCGUGUGUGCUAGCUGUUAGCCUGCGUCAGCUAACGCGUCCAUGUAUGAAGAGCAGGUUGUGGACGCCUUUUUAUGUGAGCGAACACAAAGCUGGGAUUCAGUCUCUUUCAUGCGUGGUUAUAAGGGUUAUGCAAUUAACUGUAUUUAUUCAGGAAGAGCAAACAGUGGUUGCUGUUUUUUUUUUUGUUUUUUUUUCAUAUAGUAACUGUAUCAUCAGUAUUGUCGCGCGCUCAUGAUUGUGCCAUAAGAAUACAAACAAAUCCUAUGCACCCUUAUCAACAGUUAUCUCACUUACCAAAGUCUAUGUGGUGUAAAAGGCAGUGAAAGGAAGCCAGUUAUCUGUCUGAAGCAUUCCAAAUAUAUCACGGGAAAGACGUGCAAGUUCAAUAAUGCUUCCAUGUAACCAUCGGAAUUAUUUUAACCCGCUCUGACAUUGUACUUCCUGUUCCUGUUUACAUCAGUAGAUUAAUUUUGUCACCUUUUAUGAUUUGUUUCUUUUGAGUUUUUAUUUUUUUUAAUCUUGAUUGUUGUUACACAGGCACUUUAAGUGAUUGAGGUGUGUCAUUACACCCACUGCAUGAUCAGGUAUUUGAUCAAUAUUUUUGCACAAGGGUGGAAGUCCUGACCCACCCACCCAUUUCAGUCCCUCAUCGUUUUGUUCUCCAGUCUGUUCAGGCGCUGCAUUCAAAAAAAGGCACAUAGUGGAACGCUCAGAAAAACUGGAUCAGCCCUGAGUUUAAAUCCCACGGCCCCUAUUACUCAGGAAGUCGUUAUUCUUAUUUAAAGUGAUAGUUUUUUUAAGGUUGUAUGAGGUAAAAGCUGAUUUUAGACACUCAACAAAAGACGUCUGCUUAAGUUUAAGGCACAAAUUAACAUAUUUGCUGUUUGAACUCACCAUUUGACGUGAAGUCUUUUCAGGACUGAAAGUGGACCCCCACACCAAAGCCCGUAGACAAAACCGGUGAUGUUCCAUCACGGCACAGAGGAGUUUUGUUGAUCCACCGCUCCCUCCAUCUGUAAAUUUAAAAAAAAGAAGUUAUCUUUGUGAUUUGAAAUACUUUUCAUUUCACCCAAGUGACACAAACUUACCAGACGAGGCAGCAGUGGACCAGCAGCUCCCGUUUCGCUGGAGGGUAAGAAGCGUUGAUUUUCAGCACGGUGCAGGAGAGUUAGUGAAUUACAAACUGAGAAAAACUUCAGUUUUAAGUCAUAAAAGGCUGUCAAAUGGUGUCAAACAGGUGUCUUAGGCUUAGACAGUGUAGAGAGUGAGGCUGAGAGGCAGGGCCUGCACGGCGCAGUCAGUACCUCAUACAACCACUCUUCAAAAAACCUUGAACAAAACCUUUUUAGCACUGCCAUAAGGUUACGUCCACUCUAUUCUGUUUUCUCUGACUUCACAGCACCAGUGUAGGAAAAUGUAAAUCAAAAAUAACAGACCUCAAGAAAAGAAGUGCAUUGAAACUUUCUGCAGGCUGCCUUUCCUGUAGUUGCUGUAGUAGCCCAGAAAAAUCACUGACACCGGGAAAUUUCGCCUUUCAUUAAACAAAGGUUAAUUUCAUUUACAUUUGUAACUAUAAGCUCGGUUUGACAGCUGUCGAACACACACACACACACGAGUGGGUACUUCAAGAAUUAAUAGCCACACCCGAGUCUCUGUAGGGAAUAUUUGGGAAAUGGCGAGGAAGGAGGGAAUGUUUGGCUUGGACACAGAUGGAGUGGCUGCAGGUGUAGGGAAACAGAGGGGCUACUUUUUAGCCUCUCAUUCUCACAAAAAACUGGUGGAAGACACGGUGCUGAGUCAGGAGUUCCAUGGUUUGCUUGUCCCGCCGAGGUUUUCUGUAACCACAAACUCAGUCCUGGCAUGAGAACAAUGCCAUUCAGUUAGUCUGCUGAUUCAGGAAUAUCUCUCACACACACACACACACAUAUAUAUGGCCUUACAUACAGGUUUAAUGUAAAUAACUGUCAAGUCUGUUUGAAAUUACAUGAAUAUACAUUUGUAAAAAAAAAAAAAAAAUUGUUUGGUUUGUCUGAAAACCUUUUUUUUUGUACGUGUUUUAUAUACUUAGAGUUAACGUGUUCUGGAAAUUGUUUGAAAUUUGUGUAUAUCUUCUGUCACACACACACAAACACAUCAGUGUUAUAGCUAAAUCAUGAAAGAAAUCAAAUUCAUAUUUUGAUAGUAAUCGCACUCCAUUCAAUAUAAGGAUGUUGGCUCUGCUUGUACAUUUCCUUUUGUUUUUGAAUAAAGAAAACCUUCACAAUCA